ACAAACUAGAUUUGUCUAAAGCAAAUACACUUGUGAUAAUCGGGCAGUGCAAAGACUGACGGAAUAGGGCUUCUUUGUCCCCGCUUCUUGUCGUCUGCUCCAAUUCCAGCAGAAGAAAAAUUCCAGGAGCUUCACAACAUAUCUGAAAGUAGUAAAACCAAAGCCCUCCAAUCCACUCCUCUCACCCCUUCAGAAUCUCCCCUUUGAACUUGUAAUCACAAGCCAUGAGCCGUUACGACAGCCGCUCCGCCGACCCCACUUCUUACCGCGACCGCCGAAGUGAUUCGGGGUUUGGUGGGGCUUCGGGUUACGGUGGGGCCCGGUCCUCGUCUAGCAGGAGGGUCGACUACGACGGGGCGGAGUCGCCGCGCAAGUUGGAUUUGGACGGGUUGACUCCGUUCGAGAAGAACUUCUAUGCCGAGUCGCCGGAGGUGGCGGCAAUGUCGGAGAGGGAGGUGGAGGAGUAUCGGCUGCGGCGGGAGAUCACUGUCGAAGGUCGGGACGUGCCGAAGCCGGUCAAGGCUUUCGGUGAUGUUGGGUUUCCAGAAUACGUUUUGCAAGAAAUUGUCAAAGCCGGCUUUUCAGAACCUACAGCAAUUCAAGCUCAAGGAUGGCCAAUGGCUUUAAAGGGCCGUGAUCUCAUUGGUAUUGCUGAAACAGGUUCAGGCAAGACACUUGCAUACCUAUUGCCUGCAAUUGUUCAUGUCAAUGCUCAGCCAAUUUUAGCUCCGGGCGAUGGUCCCAUUGUGUUAGUUUUAGCUCCAACACGUGAACUUGCUGUUCAGAUACAGCAAGAAGCUACCAAGUUUGGUUCAUCUUCAAGGAUUAAAAGUACCUGCAUAUAUGGUGGGGUUCCAAAGGGGCCCCAAGUUCGUGAUCUCCAGAAAGGUGUUGAAAUUGUUAUUGCUACUCCUGGAAGGUUGAUUGACAUGAUGGAAUCUCACCAUACGAAUUUGCGACGGGUAACGUACCUUGUGUUGGAUGAGGCAGAUCGAAUGCUUGACAUGGGAUUUGAACCACAGAUUCAAAAAAUUGUUUCUCAGAUUCGCCCUGAUCGUCAAACGUUGUACUGGAGUGCCACAUGGCCCAAGGAGGUUGAACAACUUGCGAGACGAUUCCUUUACAACCCAUACAAAGUCGUGAUAGGUUCCCCAGAUUUGAAAGCUAACCAUGCAAUUCGCCAGCAUGUGGAUAUUGUUUCGGAGAACCAGAAAUAUAACAAAUUGGUGAAGUUGCUGGAAGAUAUCAUGGAUGGAAGCCGGAUCUUGAUUUUCAUGGAUACAAAGAAAGGGUGUGACCAAAUUACUCGGCAGCUUCGCAUGGAUGGCUGGCCUGCACUCUCUAUUCAUGGAGAUAAGAGUCAAGCAGAAAGGGAUUGGGUCCUCUCAGAGUUUAAAGCUGGCAAGAGUCCUAUAAUGACUGCAACUGACGUUGCAGCUCGUGGUUUAGAUGUGAAGGAUGUAAAAUAUGUGAUCAACUACGACUUUCCGGGAUCGCUGGAGGAUUAUGUUCACCGCAUCGGACGAACAGGAAGAGCUGGGGCCAAAGGAACGGCAUAUACUUUUUUCACAGCUGCAAAUGCCAGAUUUGCGAAAGAGCUCAUAAGCAUACUAGAGGAAGCUGGACAGAAGGUCAGUCCUGAGUUGGCAACAAUGGGUCGUGGUGCACCUCCUCCCCCAGGUCAUGGCGGUUUCCGAGAUCGCGGGCGGGGUUACAGUGGCGGUCGCUCUUGGAGCUAAUGAAACCGAGCUAACAAACAGGAUCCCAGCAGACAAUAUAGCAAUGGAACUACUCACACUGUCAUGAUGGCUUCUAGUUGUUGACUUCUUGUUGCUCUGCGAAUAGAUUGCUGGGAUCCUUUGGAAGCUAUUUCUGUAACAUACCGGACCAUCAUGUGUAAAAUUAUAUGAUUAAUUUGGGCUCUAGGAUAGUGCUAUAGGUAAUUUUUAUCAGAUGAAUCAGAGGCCGUAGAAUUAUUUCUGUUUGGUAAACACCAGUCCCAUAAUUGCUUCGGUUCUAGUUUUCAUUUUCUUCCCUUUAGUUAACUCAAGCGGCCUAGCCUUUGCUCCUUCCGAUAAGAUUCUGGGGAGAAUUGCGAUGUGCAGUGCACCUCAUGAGCUAGCCAUUCCAGAUGAACCCAAGAAAUGGCCCAGAUUGGUAAUUGCAUAUUUACAGGUUCUAAUUCCAGUAGUUACAUGUAUCAAGCUUCUCAAGCUCAACUCAGUUUUGCAAGUGUUCGCAAUUUGUGGUGGUGUUAAAAUUUGUUCUGAAUUUGUUUCGUUAAAAGUUUGUUCAAAAUGGGCUUGUUACUCUAA